CCAGAGCCCCGUGAGGAGCGCUGCGAUCCCCGGCCCCUCAGAGCACAGCAGCGCGUGCACCCCCCCCCCCCCCCGCGCCCUUUUCCGCGCGCACUGCCCGCCGCGCGCGCGCGCGCGCUGCUGUAAGGGCCGCGGCAGCAGCACCGCGUGCCGGGGCGCGCUCACGUGACGGCGCCGGUUGACUGUGACGCGCGCGCCCGCUCGGCGCUGCACAGCACAGAACGGUACGGCACAGCAGGGCGGGACGGCAGCGCGCCCGAGACACAGCACCGCCCUGCGCACCCCGCCGCGCCUCACUUCUGUCCUGGCCCCAGCCGGCCCCGCUCUGCUCUCAGGAGUGCCACAGUAAGAGAAAAGCAUGAAGUAUUUUUAAUGAAAUUCUGCUUUUGAUCAAGUUGCUAAAAAUGGAUGUGAACAUUUUCUCCUGUGAGUUUUUGAUAAAUGGACAUUGACAUGGACUACGAAAGACCCAACGUUGAAACUAUCAAGUGUGUGGUGGUUGGAGAUAAUGCAGUGGGAAAGACUCGUCUGAUCUGUGCCAGAGCCUGCAACACAACCUUGACUCAGUAUCAGCUGCUGGCAACGCACGUCCCAACCGUCUGGGCCAUUGAUCAGUACCGUGUCUGCCAGGAGGUCCUUGAACGCUCAAGAGAUGUUGUGGAUGAAGUGAGUGUUUCCCUUAGGCUGUGGGAUACUUUUGGGGACCACCACAAAGACAGGCGCUUUGCUUAUGGAAGGUCCGAUGUUGUUGUUCUGUGCUUUUCAAUUGCUAACCCUAAUUCCCUGAAUCAUGUGAAAACAAUGUGGUAUCAAGAAAUCAAGCACUUCUGUCCUCGAACACCUGUCAUUCUGGUGGGCUGCCAGCUGGAUCUUCGCUAUGCAGAUCUCGAGGCUGUUAACAGAGCCAGACGGCCUUUGGCAAGGCCGAUAAAAAGGGGAGACAUUUUGCCACCAGAGAGAGGCAGAGAGGUUGCCAAGGAACUUGGGAUACCCUACUAUGAAACCAGUGUAUUUGACCAGUUUGGGAUUAAAGAUGUGUUUGACAAUGCAAUUAGAGCUGCCCUGAUCUCCAGAAGACACCUGCAAUUCUGGAAAUCUCAUUUGAAGAAGGUCCAAAAACCUUUGCUUCAGGCUCCAUUCCUACCUCCAAAAGCCCCUCCUCCGGUUAUCAAAAUUCCCGAGUGUCCUGUGCCAAGCAUGAAUGAAGCUGGAUAUUUGUUGGACAGCCCACUGUGUGCAGAUGUCAUGUUUGUUCUUCAGGAGCAGGACUGCAUUUUUGCUCACAAGAUUUACCUAGCUACCUCUUCUUCGAAGUUUUAUGACCUUUUCUUAAUGGAAUGUGAGGAAUGUCCAUACUUGGAUGAAACACAGUGUAAAAAAGAAAAUACAAAUAAGGAUUUUCUGACAAGUCACCUUGAGACAAACACUGACAGUGAUGAGGCAUCCUUGAAAUCUCCUGAUGUUAAAAUUCCCCCACCAGAAAGCAGUGAGUCUUUAAACAUGCUAGAACCUGAAUCUGGUGAAACAAACUCUGCAGCAAGAUCUCUGUCAUCCUGGGGUAAGGGGUUUGUUAGUGUGCAUAAGGAAAUGCAAGUGAAUCCUGUCUCAAAGCGGACAUGUCCUGUAACUGUGGUAAAAAUGGAUUCAUCUGUGCAGGCUGCACCUUUUAAAACUGUUUUGCAGUUUUUAUACACAGGCCAACUGGAUGAAAACGAAAAAGACCUCACUAGACUGGCUCAGAUUGCUGAAAUCUUGGAAGUAUUUGACUUGCGAAUGAUGGUGGAGAAUAUUAUGAAUAAAGAAGCCUUCAUGAAUCAAGAGAUUACUAAAGCAUUUCAUGUCAGAAAAGCUAAUCGCAUAAAAGAGUGCCUUUGCAAAGGGACAUUUUCUGAUGUGACAUUUAAAUUGGAUGAUGGAAGCAUCAAGGCCCACAAGCCACUGCUGAUCUGCAGCUGUGAGUGGAUGUCUGCUAUGUUUGGAGGAUCAUUUAUUGAAAGCUCCAACAGUGAGGUAGUUCUGCCCAACAUAAACAAGGUCUCCAUGCAAGCUGUUUUAGAUUACUUGUAUACCAAGCAACUGUCCUCCAGUCAGGAACUGGACACCCUUGAGUUGAUUGCAUUGGCCAAUAGGUUUUGCCUUCCUCACCUGAUUGCUCUAGCAGAGCAGCAUGCAGUGCAAGAGCUGACAAAGGCCUCCAUGAGUGGCAUUGCAAUAGAUGGAGAAGUCCUCUCCUAUUUGGAACUGGCACAGUUUCACAAUGCUAACCAGCUGGCAGCUUGGUGCUUGCACUACAUCUGCACCAAUUACAAUAGUGUUUGCUCCAAGUUCCGUAAGGAAAUCAAAGCUAAAUCUUCAGGAUAUUCCAGAACAACAAGGACCUUACUCCAACACAGAAGGAUCUCCAGUUUCCUUCCAAGUGGCAGCAGAUACUGGAACAAAGCUCUGUGGCAUCCAGGUACUGGCCUGUUUAGAGAUUUCAAGUCAUCUGCUACAGCCCUAUCUAAAAUGUGGAACUUGGAGCUCAAGGAGGGUAUCUCCUCAGAGGAUCUUGAAGAAGAAAGGCAGCAAGGUGUGAGGAAAGAUUUCAGUGUUUCAGUCUUCUUGUCCUAUGCACAAUAGAAGGCAAACACUCCUCUGUGUCUGCUCCCUGACCUCUCAUAGAUGUGAGAGGUUCACUCCUUCCUCUGAGAAGCCUUUCUUUGCUGCUAUAUCUGCCCAUGUCAUACACACUGCAUUUGGUGACGGCUUGUGGAUUUGAAGGGAAUAGGUGCACGUGACUAAAUAUAUGAAGAAAUUACUGGGGAUACUUGCAUGCUUUGGAUGUGUCCAUCUGAGAAUCUCUGGAGCUGUGUGUUUUCUUCAGCAUGAUGAAGCUCUUGAGGAUGCUCUGCCAAUCUGUUCUGUGUCCCAGGUAAACACUCCUAGUGCUGUAAUUUUACCUGCUGUAGGAGAGAUGCCUCCUGCCAGGAAAGCGAUGGGUGUUUUAUAAAACCAAUGUGGGUCUGUUCCCAUCACCUGUUUCUGCCAACCCCUGUUACUGCAAACAGAGUUUUGCUUAUUGUGGAAGUGACCUCCCAAGCCCACUGCUGUUGGACAUGGGACAAGCCCAGGUGGGCCUUGGGAUUGACCUGUUCCCAUCAACAGAGAGCUCUGGGGUCUCUGCACACAGAUGGGGACAGCUGAGCCAAACCUCACACCCUCCCCUCUGAGCCCUUGCAGGGGGCCGGUGUGGCAUGUGGAAUUUUUUGAGGUGCUUUGCGCAAGGCAGUGGUUGUGUUCUUCCAGCAGAUCCAGGCUGACAAGCUACAAUCAAGUACAGCUGGUUCUUAUAACAGUGGGACUAUUUAUCUUGCAGUCCCUCUGUGUGGCCUAGAAACUUUAAAAUCACAGAAUCCCAGAAUAUGAUGAGUUGGAAGGGAUGCACAAGGGUCAUCGAGUCCAACUCCAGGCCCUGCACAGCACCACCCCAAGAAUCAUAUCAUAUACCCAAGAGCAUGUAUCUUGAACUCUGUCAGGCUUGGUGCUGUGACCACUUCUCUGAAACAAGAAGCCUUUUAAAUUAGAGCAAACACGCUGAUAACCUCAUGUAGCCACAGGACAUUAAGCCUCCAGUAUUGAUGUCUCACUUUGAUUCAUUUAUCUGGUCAGAAGGUCUUACGGAGCCAAUUGAGAUCAUAUAGAUCAUAAUUUUAUAGCCAGAAAUUAUUAAAAUAAUAAAAACAAUAAAGUAACAAUAAUAAACCUUCACCUACUUUAAUGACAAAUCUUUAUGACUCCCUGUGGUAGUUCAGCAUGUAGGAAAAAAAGUGGGAAAUAUCCAUGGAAGUGACUCCUCAGAGAGGCUGCUGGGAGUUUCUUCUCUGCUUGAGAUCAGGCCAAUAAACUAGCCAGUUGUGAGAUUGACAGCAUUUUGGACCACUGAAAAGUGAGAUCACCUUUGUGAAUACCACCUUUUAAACCCAAACCUGGGAACCCCUUCUCUUUGUUUUGUGGCCUUUCUGGAAAGGUAUCAGAGCUCAGGUGUGGCUGGGCCCACUCUCCCCCACAGCCUAAGCAGCCUGAGGGGGGGAGGCUGGGCCAGAAUCCAGCAGCUCCCGGGCAGGGGAUGGAGACUGAGGGGAUUCCCCUGGCCCCAGGCCAGGCCAGGCUCUCCCAUGGGCCCUCCUGGGAAACCCUCUGGGUCCCGUUCCAGUGGGGUGGCUGAAGCCCUUCCCAGGGGGACCCCUGGCCGUGGGCUGGGCUAAGCCAUGGCUGCUGACAUCUCACCAAUAUCCUCUUGCUCACCCCCACACACACAUAGCCCACACAGACGGCUCCAGGCUGAGGACCGUCCCUGUCCAGUCUGGGCUGAGAGAGACACCUGAACUCUGACACCAUGAAGGCCUGGACAGCUUGGGCCAGAUUUAACCUUUUCACUACACAGAGGAGACCUGCAGACUUAAUCCCCUCUCCAGAGAGAGGAAAGUAGGAGUGAUCAAUGCGUAAAGAGACAAAGUGAAACAUCAAGGUCAGUAAGAGCAAGAAGUCAAGCCUCAGAUGGAAGAAUGAGGAGAUGCUUUAAUAAGCUGAAAUAGUCUUUUCACAGAGCCGUGGAGAGUGACAAUAAUGUUCUAAAAAACUCCUGUAAUUCAUGAAAGAUCACUGGGAGGAAUGAAGUAUUCAAACUGUAGAUCUGAGCAAAGGCAUCCAUUGAUGAAGCCAAGCAGAUGUUGAAGUAGCUGUGAUCCUAUGAGAGGCUGAGAUGCUUGAACAGAGAGGGAGAAGUGAGAGUUGAUGAAGACCCUUUGCCCCAAGGAAGAAGAGAAUCUCUGUUCCCAGAGAUGAUAACAGAAACAGAUGAAGCGAACCUUUGCCUUUAAAUAACUCAUCCUUCAAAAAAAUACCCCUUGAGUUCAUGGCCCAUGAACACACCUGAGUGGCAUGAAAAUGGGAGGAGGGCAUGAUGGCAGAGAUUUUUCUGGGCAGCAAGAAAACUGUUUCUUGUGGAGAACUCUCCAUGGAAUGACAAGAGAAAACUCCUCUCCCUACAGAGAAUUAUGAAAAAGACUAUUGUAUAGUUGCUUCUGGUUUAACAUGCCAGGUUUUGUCUCUAUGUUGGCAGUAGGGAGAGGAAACAGGUUUGGGUUGAGGGGAGAAAAGGUUUCUGGAGGUUUUAUUCUGGUUUCUUAUUUCUUGUAGUUAUGUUAAUAAACUUUCUUUAUUCCUUUUAUGUUUUAAGCCUGUUUUUCCCUUCUCCUAAUCCAUAUCUCACAGCAAAGAAUAAGUACUUGGGUGAUUUUGGAUAGAGCUAAAACCACCACUCUCCCAUAGCCUGAAACUUUUCUGUGAGUCCCAUGCUUUUUUCCCAUAGUCCCAAGUGUAAAAUCUGAAAAUCUGACUCAAACUCUUCAAUAGGUGAAAGUCUUUCUGGGCCCUUAAAAGAGAAUUCACUGAAUAGAAAAAUAUUUCCUUUGGAAGCCAAUUUAUUAAAAUGGCAAGGUCAAGCACUGUCAAAACCAUGGCAAAUGCUUUGAGCCUGUCACUUUGAAAUUGUAAGGCCAGAUGGUGAGAAAUUUCUUCACCUGAAGAAAUCUUCUUCAAAGAUUUCUUGCUGGUCAGGGAACUUUCUGAAUGUUCAGUUACUUAGACCAGACUAGUUUUGGGGUGUUUUUAAGGUAUAUUUUCUGUAAGCUUGGAUUACUUUUCAUUUGUUGUAGGCUAAUAACACAUAUCCCCUAGGACAGGCCAGCUGCUUGAAGGUAGUAUCAUGUCCCAGAAUAACCUUUCCAUUUGACCAUGCCUUUGAUAAAUCAAGGAAGCCUGUAACCUUAUUCCUUGUUCCUCCUCAAUCUUGGCAAGCAAUUGUAAAGCAGUGGCACGUUAGUUUUGAUUUGUUUGGUUGUUUUUUCCCCAGGAGACCUGAAGUAACAGAAUCAGUACAGGGCUUAAAAUCCAGACAGCAGGACAAUCCCUGUCCUAACACAAGGAAUGACUGCAGAAUAACUAGUGCUGGUUGUGGUUUGGCUACUGAACUGAAAACUGCCUGGGGUAUGCCCUUAACAUGCUCUGAGACUGUUCAGAAUUUUGGGGAUUUGUUUAUCUGGUUGCUGCUGAAGAAGCUUUCCUUCCUCUGGUAUUUUAAAGGCAUGUGUUGUGACCUGUCACUUGCUAGAUUUGUUUGAUGUGAAACUGGAGUCUGGCCAUGGAAAAGCACACUGCAGGAAUGUGUUUAUUUUGCUCUCUGCUGGAGAUAACACUAGUUUCCAGUUUUCUUGACUUAGUUUCAGCUGAGUGUUGUGUUGUAAUAAUCAAAUUCAGGAGGAAAAGUGGCAUGUGAGGUCUACCAAUGGAAGGCCCAGAGCCUGCAACUUUGCUUUAGCUUCUCUCAGGCAAACAGCCACAUUCACACAAAACUAAUUCCAGAAAUGGUGCUGGAAACACCAAAGUUCAAAUUCCCAUCUAUGUCCAUCAUCCCUAGGCAUAAAGGCACAUCUGUUGAGCCUGUUGCUUUCAUUAGCUGGGAGAUACUCCCAUAUUUCAAAACAUCAAAUGGAUUUCAAGGCCAGUUACUCCUACCCUACGAAUUAAAGAAAUCAAAUCAAACAAGCAAUGGAACCAAAACAAAACAAUUUUUUAAUGCUGCUUGGCUGCAGAGAGAUUGUCAAACACAAUCAUUUGCUUUGCAAAUGCUCCUUGUUUAAAGUAACUGUUACAUGUAUGCAGAGUACUCACAGUUCAAAUGACAAUAUAAAGGUGUUGAGACCUAAUUAAAACAGUUGAUUCUUGUUCAAAGCUUGAAGAAGGGAAAACCUACACAAGCACUGCUUUUUGUUAUCUAUAAACUUGUCUUUUUCUAAGUCAGGGUUAUUCAUAACUAAGAAAACAUUAAAUGAAAAAAUUAUUUUACAUAAAUUAAUAAAAUGCUAUGUGUAAUUUUUUCAUUACACCUGUUUUGGGUUGCAAUGCAAGAUGUAGCCAGAAGUAUAUAUUCUAUUACCAUCUGUUGAAACCAGGCAGGUGGGGCAGUGUUCUUUAUCUCUUCCAUGACCCAUCCUCUCUCCAAGGGGAUAUCUUCUUUUAAUGGGCCAUCCAGUCUCACUACAUGACUGAUAAAAUUGCAUCAUCCCAUUGUGAAAUGCUCCAGCCAGUGGGGAGGAGCCCAGCCUUCCUACCUGGAUAUAACCAAAGACUCAGAACACCACAGGCAGCCUUUCUCCACUGGAUUCCCAGAGAGAAACAGGACCCAUCUACAGCACUAGACCUCCAGAGGAAAACUACACCCUUCUGCAGGAUCAUUGCUUCAACAGAACCACAUCUGUCACUCCAGGAAGACUGCAGCCACCAUUUAAUUGGACUGCUACCAACAGGGUGUCAGGUUGUAUUCUGACUCUGUCAGUGGGUUUGGUUUUUUGUUUUUUGUAUUACUGCAUUUUUACUUUUAUUUUCCUAGUAAAGAACUGUUAUUCCU